AUGGACUUCUCUAUCCCGGGUGUUCCCAUCCCGGAGAGCGACCUCCGCCAUGCCCCUCCCCCGCAACACCAAGGCCUCCCUUAUUUCGUCCAGCACGACGACGGCGGCAUGAUGCUGGACUCCGGCUUUGAUUCCUCCUACUCCACCAUGGGCGAGGAUGAUUUCGCUGCUGCCUUUCCGCCAUUUCCGCCGUGCGACGACUGCACACCUGUUACCAAAACCAACAUUCCGCACCACCACCACCCUUCCGGACGACUCGCCGGCGCCUCGGCCCAAUUAGCCGGCCACUUUUGCUGUUCUUGGAUCAUCCACGACCAGCCUUGCUACCUCUGCUUCGAGUCUGCCGAGGCCCUGGACAACCACAUCAAGAACGACCACGCGGGAAAGGACGGCACGUAUCGCUGUCUAUGGCACGACUGCUCCAAACAUGACACCUCCACCCAAACCAUCGGGCCUAUGAAUUUCGGCAACAAGCCCAAGCUUAUGAGACACGUGCACAGCCAUACCGGCUACAAGCCCUUUCCCUGCCCUUUCCCCGAUUGCGACAAGGGCUUCGUCACGAAAGAGCAGCUGAAGAACCACGAGACCACCCACACCAAGUCGCGCAAGUACAAGUGCGAGCAAUGCGGCAAGGCCUUUGCCGUCAAGUCCGCCCUCACCACCCACAUCACCGCCGUGCACGACGAAAAGAAGAUCCACAGCUGCGAGAUUUGCGGCAAGGCCUUUGCCGACAGCUCCAAUCUGUCCAAGCACAAGCAGACCCAUUUCCGCGACAAUAGCGCCAAGAAGCAGCGUAGCAGACGAAGCACUACCACCACCAACACCAACACCAUCAGCACGAGAAGCUCUCCAUCCAUUGCCACCCCAUCCGCCGAGCCGGCCACACCCGUCAUGCACGUGCCCAGUCUCCAACAAUUUGCCCUUUCCUCAGGCAUGAUGGCUCCGCCCGCUGCUCCCAAGCAGCCCUCCGCGCCAAACUUCUUCAACCCCCUCCCCGCAGCCUAUUGCUCCGUGUCCACCACCUCCUCGGCCGGCUCGCCACUCCGCGACGCCUUCGAUCCCAGCUACUACUGCUGCGACGAGCAGUGCCCGGCACCAGUCGGCCCCGCCACGCCCUGCGACUCCCCCGAGGAAUGCAGCCUCGAAGGCUUCUGCGACCUGCCCGAGUGUCUCGGACAGACCGACCACGACACGGGCAUAUCAUCAGCCGGCACAUCUGCGCUAGGCUGCGCAUGCGGCGAAGACUCGCCCCUCUCCCCCCAUCAGAUCGAGCAGCUGCGCAAUUUCCACUCGGCCGCGAUGGCUCCGUGGGACGCGGGCAAUGUUCCGGGAGGUGUUGGGUUUGUGCAUGCCGGCGCUGCUCACGCUCACCCUCCCCGCCAACAUCACCAGGAUGUCCGGAGCCAGUACUACGAUAUGCAGGGGAGUCUACGAUGA